CAUCCACAACAAUAACAAUCCUUCUUUCCUUCUCCUCUCUAUCGGUAAUGGCUCUCAGGUCCUUCAAGCUCACCUCAAAGCUUCCUUUCCGCCGGCGACCCAUCCCCGCCAUCGCCAGAGAUUCCCCCGCUGAGCUCUCUAUCCCGUCGCACUUCCUCUGCCCCAUCUCCCUGGACCUAAUGAAAGAUCCCGUCAUCCUCUCCUCCGGCAUCACCUUCGACCGUUCGAGCAUCGAAACCUGGCUCGAAGCUGGAAAUGUCACCUGCCCUGUCACAAAGAAGCCCCUUUUCGCCGCCGAUCUCAUCCCCAACCACACCAUCCGCCGUAUGAUCCAAGACUGGUGCGUCGCCCACCGCUCCCUUGGCAUCGAACGUAUCGCUACUCCCAAGACCCCCAUCACCUCCGUCCAAGUCAAUGACUUGCUUUCAGAGAUUUCGGCCGCUCAUUUCAGAGGCAAUGCCACCCAAUGCGCCGAAUUGGUGGCUAAACUAAACAAUUGGGCUUCGGAAAGCGACAGGAACCGGCGGUGCAUAUCGUCGAACGGCGCCUCGCGGGUGGUUUCGGCAGUUUUUCAGGAUUUCCCUUCCGAGCAGGUGUUGUCAGCGCUCGCUGGAAUGUUGUCAUUUGAUGAAGCAGCUCGAAGGAAGCUGGUUUCUGAGAAAUCUCUUCACUCUAUUGUUUCUGUCAUGAAGAAUGGAAAUCUCUCAGGAAGGCUCAAUGCUGUGUUAGUUGUAAAAGAGAUGGUUUCAGCAAACAAUGAAGACUGUGGAAUAAUUGCAAGAAGUGAUGAGUUAAUUGAAGCACUUGUGAAGCUUCUCAAGGAGCCUAUUUCGCCGGCGGCAACAAAGGCGUCGCUUGUCGCCGCCUACUACUUGGCUUCCGGUCACAAGAGAGCUGCAUCGAGGCUUGCCGAGAUGGGAAUUGUCUCUCUGAUAUUGGAGAUGAUUGUUGAUUCCGAGAGGAGUUUCUGUGAGAAAGGACUGGCGGUACUCGACGUAAUUCUGAGCACGGAGGCAGGGAGGAAGAUGGCUGCCUGCCAUGACCUCGCUAUACCGGUGUUAGUGAAGAAGAUGGUUAGAGUAUCAGAUAUGGCAACCGAGUUCGCAGUGUCGGCGACAUGGAAGCUCUGCAAGAAGCAAGGAAAUGUGGGGAAGGGUGAAGAGGAGAAGUGUCUGAAGGAGGCGGUGGAAGUUGGAGCUUUUCAGAAGUUGUUACUGAUACUGCAGGUGGGCUGCAGUGAAAGCACUAAAGAGAAGGUUAGUGAACUUUUGAGGAUGUUGAAUGGCGUCAGAGGAAGGUCGACAGAAUGCAUUGACAGUGCGGAUUUUAAAGGGCUUAAGAGGCCUUUUUGAUUCUUUUUGUUUUGGGGAUUUGAUGUAAUUGCGCGGUGUACAUUGAAGAGGGAUACAGAAUUCUUUUAUACACAGAAAUAAGAUUUAUUUACAAUUUUGGUGAA